CUAGGGGAGCCACCAGUGAGUGAGACAAAUAGACGGUCAUUCACUUAUGGGAUGAAGAGUACCUUGAUCAGGACAAGUCCAGUGCUGCUCACCAGAUCCCCCUUAGAGGCGGAGUCUUUGUCCAAGAUUGCAGGUACAAAGGGCAAUGAAGAGGCUGAAAAAUGUUUCUGCAGUUAAGCUUGUGAUAUUGGCAGCUCAAGAAUGGACAGAAAACAUGGGAAAUACAUAGUGAAUAUUGAACCCUCCGGAAACCAGCCACCAUUCCUGAAUCCAAGAAAUGAUGAAGCUUUCAAUUCAACAUGUCGGUUUUCAACAUUAACUUAUGCAACUUGUGACAUUGAUACCAACUUAACUGGUGUUUGCACCAACCCCGGGACCCUUGGACACUCGGGACUUCCAAGCAGAGGAUGCCAGCAUUGUCAAGUGGCACGAAAUUUCUUCAGUGACUGGUCUCUAUGGAAAAUGUUCCUGGCUUCUCUCUUAGCCUGUGUGAUCACAGCAGCCAUUGGAGUACUCAUAGUGUGCUUGGUGUACAACAGGAACAGUAACGUUCCUUCCAUUGUUAUCCAGAUUCCCCAAAGGCAAGAAACAACCACAGCUACUACAAGAACAACCUCAUCCACUUUGGAAUCUACAGAUAUGACUCCUGUAACAGAAACCACCACAGCAUCCACUACAAGUGGGCCUACUGCUACAACAACCACUGGUGGUACUUCAGCUGAACCCACAACCACAGUGGCAGCCACGACUUCACCUGAACCAACUGCUACAACAACUACCAGCACCACAGCUGAGUCAACAACCACAACUGCCACAAACUCUGCUGUGUUUACAACCACAACAGCCACCAGAACUGCGACAGAACUCACAACCACAAGUGUAACUAGCACUUCACCUGAAACGGCUAUCACAAUUGCCUGCACCUUAGCUGAGUCUACAAGCACAACCACCACAACACCUGUCACAACCUCUGCUGAGUCUAAAAGCACAACAGGCACCACUACUACAACAGAAAGCACAACUACAACUGCAGCUACCAGUUCAAUUGAACCAACUACUACAACUGCCAGCACUUCAGCUGAGUCUACAACCAUAAAUGUAGCCACCACUUCACCUGCACCAACUACCACAACUACCAACACAUCAACUGAGUCUACAACUACAACAGCAACCACUAUUGCCACCACCUCAACUGAGUCUAUAAGCACAACCACCACAAUUGCCACAACCUCAGCUGAUUCUACAACCACAACAGCCACUACUAUUCCAACAGAAACCACAACCACAACUGCAGCUAUUACUUCCCUUAAAACAACUACCACAACAACUGCCAGCACCUUGGCUGAGUCUACAAGCACAACUGCCACAACAACUUCUACAACCUCUGUUGAGUCUACAAGUACAACAGGAACCACUGCUACAACAGAACCCAGAAUCACAACUGAAGCUACCACUUCACCUGAACUGACUACUACAGCUGCCAGCACCUCAGCUGGGUCUGUAACCACAACAGCCACCACUACUGAAACAGAACCCACAACCACAUCUGCAGAUACCACCUCACCUGAAACAUAUGCCACAACAACUGCCAGCACCUCAUCUGAGUCAACUACAAUAGUCACGACUACUGCAACAGAACCCAUAAUGGCAACUGCAACUACCACUUUACCUGAGACAAAUAUCACAAACACUGCCAGCACCUCAGCUGAGUCUACAAGAGCAGCCUCCACAACUGCCACCAUUAUAGCCACCACUACUGCAACAGAAUCCACAACUACAAUUGCAGCUACUAUUUCACCUGAACCAACUGCUACAACUGCUGGCACCUCAUCUGAGUUUACAACCACAACAGCUACCACUACUGCAACAGAACCCACAACAACAACUGGAACUACCACUACUCCUGAACCAACUACCACUACUGUCACCACCUCAACUGAAUCUUCAAGCACAAAUGUAGCCACCACUUCACCUGAACCAGCUACCACAAUUGCCAACACCCCAAUUGCCACUAUUGCCACCACGUCAGCUGAAUCUAUAAGCACAACAGCCACAACAACUGCCACAACUGCUGCUGUGUAUAUAACCACUACAGUCAUGACUACUGCAACAGAAACCAUAACUGCAGCUACAGCUUCACUUGAACCAAAUACCACAACAACUGCCAGCACCACUGCUGAGUCUGCAACCAUAAUAGGCACCACUAUUGCAACAAAACCUACAACUGCAACUGAAGCUACCACUUCACCUGAGCUAACUACUACAGCUAGCAGCAUUUCCACAGCAUCUACAACCACAGUAGCAGCCACCACCCUACCUGAACUGAGUACCACAACUAUCAGCACCUCAGCUGGGUCUACAACCACAACAGCUACCACUACUGCAACAGAACCCACAACCACAUCUGCAGAUACCACCUCAUCUGAAACAUAUGCCACAACAACUGCCAGCACCUCAGCUGAGUCAACCACAAUAGCCACAACUACUGCAACAGAACCCACAACUGCAACUGCAGCUACCACUUUACUUGAGACAACUUUCACAACUGCUGCCAGCACCUCAGCUGACUCUACAACCACAACAGCCUCCACUACUGCAACAGAACCCAUCACCACUACCAACACUCCAGCUGAGUCUACAACUACAGCAGUGACUACUGCUGCCACCACCUCAGAUGAGCCUACAAGCAUGACCAGCACAACUGCCACAACCUCUGCUGAGCCUACAAUCACAAUAGCCACCACUACUGCAACAGAACCCACAAACACAACUGCAGCUACCACUUCACCUGAAUGUUCUACCACAACAACUGCCAGCACCACAGCUGAGUCUAUAUCCACAAAAGCCACCAGUACUGCAACAGAACCCACAACCACAACUGCAGCUACCACUUCACCUGAACCUUCUACCACAACAACUGCCAGCACCACAGCUGAGUCUACAUCCACAACAGCCACCACUACCACCACCACUUCAGCUGAGUCUACAAGCACAAUAGGCACAACAACUGCCACAAACCCAGCUGAGUCCACAACUACAACAUCCACCACUACUGCAACAGAACCCACAAUGACAACUGCAGAUACCACUUCACCUGAACUUUCUACCACAACUACCAGCACCACAGCUGGGUCUACAAACACAACAGCCACCACUACUGCAACAGAACCCACAAUGACAACUGCAGCUAUCACUUCACCUGAACCUUCUACCACAACAACUGCCAGAACCACAGCUGAGUCUACAUCCUCAGCAGUCACCAGUACUGCAACAGAACCCAUCACCACAACCACCAACACCCCAACUGAGUCUACAUCUACAGCAGUGCCCACUGCUGCCACCACCUCAGAUGAGUCUACAAGCACAACCAGCACAACUGCUACAACCUCUGCUGCGUCUACAACCACAAUAGCCACUACUACAGCAACAGAACCGACAACCACAACUGCAGCUACCACUUCACCUGAACCUUCUACUGCAACAACUGCCAGCACCACAGCUGAGUCUAUAUCCACAAAAGCCAUUACUACUGCAACAGAACCCACAAACACAACUGCAGCUACCACUUCACCUGAACCUUCUACCACAACAACUGCGAGCACCAUAGCUGAGUCUACACCCGCAACAGCCACCACUACUGCCACCACCUCAGCUGAAUCUACAACCACGACAGCCACUACUGCAACAGAACCUACCACCACAACUAUCAACAUUCCAACUGAGUCUACAACUACAACAGUGACUACUACUGCUAGCACCUCAGCUGACUCCACAACCACAGCAGCCACCACUAUUGCAACAGAACCCACAACCACAUCUGCAGCUACCACUUCACCUGAACCUUCUACCACAACAACUGCCAGCACCACAGCUGAGUCUACAUCCACAACAGCCACCACUACUGCCACCACUUCAGCUGAGUCUACAAGCACAACAGGCACAACUGCCACAAACCCAGCUGAGUCCACAACUACAACAUCCACCACUACUGCAACAGAACCCACAAUGACAACUGCAGCUACCACUUCACCUGAACCUUCUACCACUACUGCCAGCACCACAGCUGAGUCUACAUCCUCAGCAGUCACCAGUACUGCAUCAGAACCCAUCACCACAAUCACCAACACCCCAACUGAGUCUACAACUACAACAGUGACUCCUACUGUUAGCACCUCAGUUGACUCUACAUCCACAACAGCCACCACUACUGCAACAGAACCCACAACCACAUCUGCAGAUCCCACUUCACCUGAACUUUCUUCCAUAACAACUGCCAGCACCAGAGCUGAGUCUACAUCCACAACAGCCACCACUACUGCUACCACUUCAGCUGAGUCUACAAGCACAACAGGCACAACUGUCACAAACCUAGCUGAGUCCACAACUACAACAUCCACCACUACUGUAACAGAACCCACAAUGACAACUGCAGCUGCUACUUCACCUGAACCUUCUACCACAACUUCCAGCACCACAGCUGAGUCUACAUCCUCAGCAGUCGCCAGUACUGCAUCAGAACCCAUCACCACAACCACCAACACCCCAACUGAGUCUACAACUAUAGCAGUGACCACUGCUGCCACCACCUCAGAUGAGUCUACAAGCACAACCAGCACAACUGCCACAACCUCUGCUGAGUCUAUAACCACAACAGCCACCACUAUCGCAACAGAAUCCACAACCACAACUGUAGCUACCACUUCACCUGAACCAACUGCUACAACUGCCAGCACCUUAGCUGAGUCUACAACCACAACAGCUACCACUACUGCGACAGAACCCACUACCACAAUUACAGCUACCCCUUCACCCGAACCAACUACUACAACAACUGCCAGCACCUCAGCUGAGUCUACAACCACAACAGCCUCCACUACUGCAACAGAGCCCACAAUAACUGCGAACACCCCAAUUGAGUCUACAACUACAGCAGUAACCACCACUGCCACAAUGUCAGCAGUCUGCAAGCACAACAGGCACAACUGCUGCAAACCCAGCUGA